CUUUCGCGUUCCUUUCCAUCCGCGUGCCCGUGGGUUAGCCUGUGUGUCCACGCCGAGGGUUUCCAUCAGUCUUGAGUAAUGCCGUCAAAAAUUAAAUUUGAAAGCGAGGAUCAAUUCAUGGAUGAAGCUGUGGACACUGUGACGGAGGCUACGACCUUAAAGAUAAAGAACAAGACCAAGAAGGAGGGCAGGAAAAAGAAACAGCAGCAGGAGCUUGAAGAGCAGGAAGAUGCAGGCUGUGACCCUCCUGCACCGAAAAAGAAAAAGAAAAAAGACAAGCUGGCAGCGGACCAAGUCAAUGGCCACAUAGAUGAGACCACUGACAUGAAUGGGAACUGCAAUGGUGUUGAGACUCCAAAGCAGAAAACCAAGAAGAAAAAGGAAGCAAAUGAUAAAACCAAGAAACAAAAGAAGGCAGACACCGAGGCUACAAUCAAUGAACAUUCCACCCCKAACACACCAGCUCAAACCCCAAUCCAGACACCAUCCCAGUCCAGUGAUGACUCAGCCAGUGACAGUGAACGAGAAAAUGAGCUGACACCUGAGCAGAGAGAAGGGGCGUUCUCCAACUUCAGAAUCUCUCAAGUCACCAUCGACAAACUGAAAGCUCGGGGAGUCACCUACUUGUUUGACAUUCAGGUAAAGRCAUUUAAUCCUGUAUAUGACGGAGAGGAUGUAAUUGCACAAGCCCGCACAGGAACAGGAAAGACUUUYUCCUUCGCCAUACCGUUGGUGGAAAAGCUCCAGAAAGAUUCAGGAGUGAGGAGCAGAGGCCGGCCUCCUAAGGUACUGGUGCUGACUCCUACCAGAGAGUUGGCUAUCCAGGUCGCAAAGGACUUCAAAGACAUCAUCAAGAGACUGACCAUAUGCUGUUUUUAUGGAGGCAGCUCAUACAAACCUCAAAUCGAUUCCAUACGCAGUGGAAUUGAUAUUUUGGUUGGAACUCCUGGUCGGAUUAAAGAUCACCUCCAGAACAAUAAACUCAACCUCUCUGAAUUAAAUCACGUCGUUCUGGAUGAAGUAGACCAAAUGUUGGACAUGGGAUUUGCAGAACAAGUUGAAGAGAUUUUGAGUUCAUCGUACAAGAAAGACGGCACCGCUAACCCACAGACUCUUCUGUUUUCGGCCACCUGCCCCCCCUGGGUGUAUGAUGUGGCCAAGAAAUACAUGAGACCUGGGUGCAAGCAUAUUGACUUGAUUGGCAAGAAAACACAAAAAGCUGCAACAACCGUCGAACAUCUGGCCAUAGCCUGUCACUGGUCCCAGCGUGCAGCAGUGAUUGGAGAUGUGAUCCAGGUUUACAGCGGCAGCCACGGCAAGACCAUCGUCUUCUGUGAGACAAAAAAAGAGGCCACUGAACUUUCCUUGAAUGAAUCCAUUAAACAGAAUGCCCAGUCCCUUCAUGGRGAUAUUCCACAGAAACAGAGGGAGGUGACCCUGAAGGGCUUCAGGAAUGGAGCCUUUGAAGUUCUGGUUGCCACAAAUGUUGCAGCUCGUGGAUUAGACAUCCCAGAAGUAGACCUGGUGGUCCAGUGUUCUCCUCCUAAGGACGUAGAAUCAUACAUCCAUCGUUCAGGACGAACAGGCCGCGCAGGCCGGACCGGUGUCUGCAUCUGUUUCUAUCAAAGGAGAGAAGAGGAYCUGCUGCGUUACGUAGAGCACAAAGCAGGCAUCACAUUCAGGCGAGUGGGUGUUCCAACCGCAAAUGAAAUCAUCAAGUCAUCGAGCAAAGAUGCAGUCAAGUACCUAGACUCUGUUCCAGUCACAGCUAUUGACUACUUCAGACAAUCGGCUGAGAAGCUGAUUGAAGAGAGAGGAGCAGUAGAUGCACUGGCUGCUGCUCUGGCCCAUAUUUCUGGAGCCACAAGUCUGGAGAUGAGAUCACUGCUCAGCUCUGAUGCUGGUUACACCACUAUACAGCUGCUGUGCUCUCAGGAAAUGCAUAAUCUUGGUUACGCUUGGAGAACCAUCAAAGAACAGCUUGGAGAGGAGUUUGAAAACCAGGUUCACAGGAUGACCUUCCUGAAAGGCAGAAACGGAGUUUGUUUUGAUGUUCCAGCUGAUAAAGUCAAAGAGAUCCAGGAGAAGUGGCAGGACAGCCGCCGCUGGCAGCUGACUGUAGCCACGGAGCUCCCAGAGCUGGAGGAGAAGCAGCUCGGUAACCUUGGCGAAAGAGGUUUUGGCGGCGGCAACCGUGGCAACAGAGGGGGGUCCAGAGGCGGCAGGGGGAGGGGUUUUGGAGGAAAUGGUUUCCGUAGCAGUGGGCACCGAGGUGGUGGAGGUAGAGGUGGAUAUGGAAACAACAGAGGAGGACAGAAACGGACUUUCAGCCAAGCUUUUGAUUACUGAAGCAUCAGUAUCACCUGCCUUUGACCUGCAGUCUUUGGAACGACUCUUCCCUGCUGUUCCACAGAACAAAUCUGAAUAAAACAUUUUAAUGCCAAACCCUGAAUAUCUUCACGUCAUAAAGUUUUGUAAACCUGCCUGUUACUAAAGCUAACGUGUGACAACACGGUCAACAAAUUAGGAUUGGAAUGUGUCGCCCUUGGGAUUUUUUAGUAUUUACCUUUUUUAAACUGGGUGUUUGGGGAACAGCAGCAGUAAUCAGACUCGAGCGUUUGUUAAUAAAGACAGAUAACCUAAUUAACAGGUAAAAUUGACAUUUAUUACCUGAUUCUAGUUUGAGUUUGUUAGAUCAACUCUGUGUGUCUCCAUCAUAUUAGGUGUUCUGUACUUGUUUUGCACUAAAAGAGCAAUGAAAUAGAAGCACUUGGAGCGCUGUGAAGAAUCCUUCAAAAAAUUCCAGAUCGUCACCAAAAUUUAAUGGUGUGUUCCUUUGGCCAAUACCCACCUKUGGUAAAAAAUUCAURAAAAUCAAUCGAUCCGUUGUUGAGUAAUGCUCACAGACAGACGGACACGACAGAAAACAUAACCUCCUUGGAGGUUAUAACUUUUCCAAAGUGCUCACUGUCAGAUUACUGCCUGGUCAUCAGCUGAAACCUCUCCUCAAAUAUACAUUGGAUAAUUGCUUUGCAAUUGCCUCAUUUAAUAACUGUGUUUUGCCUUCAUUCGUUUGAAUGAAAUGACUCCUUCAUUAAAAAAAUACCCAACUCA